AUGUCGGUAAUGGAGAACGUCGCGUCCAAUGCCACCAAGAUGGCACAGGUCGUUGCCGACAACCCAUACUAUCCCAUUGGAAGCUACAUUGCUGGAUAUGCCGCAAACGAAUGGGGCGUUCCGGCCCUGCUCAGCGUCUUCUUCGGAGCCUGCUUCGUCCUCUUCUCGGCAACCUACUUCGUGGCCAAGCGGGUGCAACCAAACUUGACCAAAAAGGAACUGUUCACGACCAUGUGGUUUGUGCUCUCUGGAGCCAUCCACAUCUUCUUCGAGGGCUACUACGCCCGUCACUACGCAACUCUCGGCGCAAAGCAGUCGCUCAUCGGUCAAAUGUGGAAGGAGUAUGCCUUUUCGGACUCGCGAUACCUCACCAAUGAUGCCUUCGUCCUGUGCAUGGAAACGGUCACUGCAACAUGCUGGGGCCCCGGAUGUAUCAUUGUGGCCGGUUUGAUCAUUCUGCGACACCCAAUGCGGUACCCACUGCAGUUGAUUGUGUCCUUGGGACAGUUCUAUGGCGACAUCCUCUACUACGCUACGAGCUUCUUUGAUCACCACAUGCUGGGAAUCACAUAUUACCGACCGGAGGCCUUCUACUUCUGGUUUUACUUCUUCUUCAUGAACUUCAUCUGGAUCGUUAUCCCAGGCAUGUUGAUCUACCAAAGCGUGGUGCACUCUGCUGCUGCCAUUGGCACGGUUCAGAAGAUGCAGUCCACGAUUGUCAAGAAGGGUCAAUAG